GGUCAGCCCGCGGCCGGAGUGCCCGGCGCCCCCCGCGCGCCCCAGACCACGAGCGCGAGCAGCGGCGGCCGCCGAGGUGGUGCCGGCGGCGGCGGGAGCGCGGGGCCGGAGGAGGCGGGGAAGAUGGACCCGGCGCCCUCGUUGGGUUGCAGCCUCAAGGAUGUGAAGUGGAGCUCGGUGGCCGUUCCGCUCGACCUGCUGGUCAGCACUUACCGGCUGCCCCAGAUCGCGCGGCUGGACAGCGGCGAAUGCGUGGAAGGGCUGCGGGAAAACGACUACCUUCUGAUCCAUUCAUGCCGUCAGUGGACCACCAUCACUGCCCACAGCCUGGAGGAGGGCCACUACGUCAUUGGGCCAAAGAUAGAGAUCCCGGUACAUUAUGCAGGACAAUUCAAGCUGCUGGAACAAGACCGAGAUAUAAAGGAGCCAGUGCAAUAUUUCAACAGUGUGGAGGAGGUGGCUAAAGCAUUUCCUGAACGCGUGUACGUCAUGGAGGAAAUAACAUUCAACGUGAAGGUUGCUUCCGGUGAAUGCAAUGAAGACACCGAAGUUUACAACAUUACCCUGUGUACAGGGGAUGAACUCACUCUCAUGGGCCAGGCAGAAAUCCUUUAUGCAAAGACUUUCAAGGAGAAGUCUCGACUCAACACCAUCUUCAAAAAGAUUGGGAAGCUCAAUUCCAUCAGCAAGCUGGGAAAAGGCAAAAUGCCCUGCCUGAUUUGCAUGAACCACCGGACCAAUGAGAGCAUCAGCCUCCCAUUCCAGUGCAAGGGCAGGUUUAGCACCCGAAGCCCCCUGGAACUGCAGAUGCAGGAGGGCGAGCACACCAUCCGCAACAUUGUGGAGAAAACCAGGCUUCCUGUGAAUGUGACCGUGCCCAGCCCCCCACCCAGGAACCCUUAUGACCUCCACUUCAUCCGUGAGGGACACCGCUACAAGUUUGUGAACAUCCAGACCAAGACAGUGGUGGUUUGCUGUGUGCUGCGGAACAACAAGAUCCUCCCCAUGCACUUCCCCUUGCACUUGACUGUCCCCAAGUUUAGCCUCCCCGAACACCUGGUGAAGGGGGAAGUAUGGCCUGAAACCCUGGUCCAUCACUGGCUGGGUAUCUGCCAAGAACAGUUCGACAUCGAUGAGUAUUCACGGGCUGUCCGAGAUGUGAAAACCGACUGGAACGAAGACUGUAAGAGCCCCAAGAAGGGCCGAUGCACUGGCCACAACCACGUGCCCAAUUCCCUUAGCUAUGCGCGUGAUGAGCUCACCCAGUCCUUCCACCGGCUCUCUGUCUGUGUGUAUGGCAACAAUCUCCAUGGCAACAGCGAGGUGAACCUGCACGGUUGCAGGGACCUGGGGGGAGAGUGGGCUCCCUUUCCUCAUGAUAUUCUGCCCUAUCAGGACUCGGGUGACAGUGGGAGUGACUACCUUUUCCCAGAAGCUAGUGAAGAAUCAGUGGGCGUCCCGGGGAAGUCAGAACUUCCAUAUGAAGAGCUGUGGCUGGAGGAAGGCAAGCCCAGCCAUCAACCUCUCACUCGCUCCCUGAGUGAGAAGAGCAGAUGUGAUCAGUUUCGAGGUUAUGUCCGGUCCAAAUGUGCAGCUUCUCCCCUUUCUGGCCCCGGAACCCUGGGAGCAGCAAUGAAGUCUUCAGAGAUCACCCUACCUCCACCUCCAGUGCCUCCCAAAUCAGAAGCCGUCAGGGAAGAAUGCCGGCUCCUGAACGCCCCACCUGUUCCGCCCCGCAGCGCAAAGCCUCAGUCCACCAGCCCCUCCGUCCCUCCUCGCACAGCCAGGCCGGCGCGGCAGCAGACUCGGUCUCCCAGCCCCACCUUGUCCUACUAUUCUUCAGGGCUGCACGACAUCAGCGUUACUAAAAGUGACACAAGCCCGCCUCAAAGUGCUCCCGUCUCCUGCUACCCAUGUAACCGAGUGAAAACGGACUCCGUGGACCCGAAGUCCCCAAUCGGAAGUCCAUCUGCUGAAGCUCUGUCCUCGAGGCUCUCGUGGCCAAACCCCUAUUCAGGAGCGUCAGAGACCCAGACGCGCAGUGAUUUCCUGCUGGACCCCAGCAGGAGCUACAGCUACCCUCGACAGAAGACACCAGGCACGCCCAAGAGGAGCUGCCCGGUGCCCCUCGCCCUCGACGGCUGUGAGCCGCCCAGCCCGAUCGCCGGCGCUGCAGGGCUGGGCGGCGGCGCCCCCGGGUGCCCCAAGUCGGCCAGCUACUCCUUGGAGAGCACAGAAGAGAAGACUUUGGCGGCUGGCACGGCCAAACAGAGUGCCUCGUGCCCCGCCCUGCCGCCCCGGGCCCCAAAGCCAGUGGAGGAGAAAGCCGCCCCCGACGCUUGUCCUUUGCCUCUGAAAAUCGAUGGUGCUGAGGAGGACCCCAAGUCUGGGUCGCCCGACCUCUCCGAGGACGCGUACUUUGUUGCCAAGGGCACGCAGGACAUCUUCUCUGUGCCCUACCCUUUCUCCUCCCCUCUGCACCUGCAGCUGGCCCCCCGGUCCUGCGGCGACGGCUCCCCGUGGCAGCCACCUGCGGACCUGUCAGGACUCUCCAUCGAAGAGGUGUCCAAGUCCUUGCGGUUCAUUGGGCUGUCCGAGGACGUCAUAGCCUUUUUUGUUACUGAAAAAAUUGAUGGCAAUUUGCUAGUUCAGCUCACAGAAGAAAUCCUCUCGGAGGAUUUCAAAUUGAGCAAACUGCAGGUGAAGAAAAUUCUGCAGUUCAUUAAUGGCUGGAGGCCCAAAAUAUAGCCAAAUAAACCCCAGCUAGCAUCGAACAAAAGUGAGAAACAUGUGUGCUAGAAGGGGUGGGCUGGGACACAAUUUCAUGGGGUUUUUUUGCACUAAAAACCUUCUCUGUAAAUAGGGAUAAGAGAAAACUCUUACUAUGCAGAUUACGUUUUUGAAUGGUGAACAGGCUAUUUUGUACAUCAAUAAAAAUGCUGUACAGAACACAUAGAGGUGUGCCUUGUCACUCAACACUCAACAGCUGCUAAAAGACAAAAGGCAUGUUCAGAGAAGUAAUUCUUACCCAAGUAGGUUUAUGCGAGAAGGUAUGAUAUUUAUUUACAAAAUAGCCAAAGCUGAAAGACAUAAGAAUCUUAAAAAUACAAAAACAAAAACAAACAAAAAAAAACCACUUUGGAACAAUUCCCUCCUUUGGGAGAAUCAACUUUAGGCAAUUAACUCUAUCCUGUGCUCUGUUGUUUGGAUUGCUCAAUGCUAAUUGUUUUUCUCUUGUGCCUGAAAAUGUUAGUGAUAAGAAAUGACACUGCAAUGUUAUGUGCUUGGUGGGGAUCUUUUUAUCAAAAGGCAUUUUCCAGAAGUCAUGUGCUGGUAGCAGAUCUAUGAUGUCCUUAGAAAUACAGAUCAUGACCACAAUAAUUUAUCUGUAACUGCUGCUAAUUUUAUUGGGCAGAGAAUUAAAAAAAAAACAUAUAUACGUAGAUGUAUAUAUAUCUAUAAACAAUACAAAGGUCUAUGUUUUAAACAUCAGUAUGCGUCUAAUACUUUAGAUCACAUCUGUUCACUUUCAAAUAUCCAUUGAGGUUUAGGGCCAUUAAUUAACUAAAUUGACUCUCUUAGAGAGAGUGGACAGAAUGAUUCCAAAGAUUCUCAGAACCCUGUCCCUAAGGCUCAGUCUGAUCAGCCUCCAUUACGGAAAACUUGGAACAAAUCAGAAGAGAGUCUGUCUGGAAGAAUUAAGUUUGAUUUUAAACCUAUCAAGGGCUGGGUUUCACAUAGAAUACUUUCAUGCGGAUCAAUGUCUGGGGAAAUGACUGUUUCUGUCAAGUGAUGCUAAUUCUUGGGUUUGAGGGUCUUAGUCUCCUCAUGUCUGGGGAUGAGGGGUCUGGAGAGCAUUUGUCAGAGCACAGUAGGCGUUUUCAGUGUGCUUUGUGCUUUAGGAGACCUCAGAAGUCAGACAUGCCAUAUCUUCUGUUAUGGUAUGUGCUACGCCUGGUGAGUCAUUGUUUAAAGUAUCGUACAAGUCCUUGUUUAGUUCAUAAACCUCUUCUUUCCCCUCUCUUCCAAAGAAAAUACGUGAUCGCCAUACUUUCAUUCCAACAGUCCCGGGACCCAGUCUGACAGUUUUUGCCAAACAUGAUUAAAUAUUCCAAAACAUAAUGGCAUCAACAUUGUUCUUGGCUUUUUGAAGGAAUAUCAAAUUUUAAGAGGGUUUAGUUCUCCAAACAGGGUAUCACCCCUAGCGUGCCUCCCCGGAGUCUGUACCCACAUCUGGAGGUACAGCCACCCAGGUGCCGGCGUGACUUGCAGAAUUGGCUUAUAUGAUGUUCCCGGUUCUUCCCACUCACCAGGAUAAAUACUCAAAUGGGAAAAGAACCACCAGUCUAGUUUUGCAAAGCUGUUCAAUAUGGCAUCAUUUCUUGGCAUUAGAGAUACGUUUAAUCCAUCUCAUUGUUUAGAAUUGAGGUGAUACCUUUUCUCAAUUUUCAUUUUAAAUUUUUUUAAUAAAAAAAAAGCAUUUGCCCCCCAACAUGUCUCCCAAAAUGCAAAUGCUCUAUUCUAGGUUAAAAGUACCCCAUAAAAAGAGUACCCUGUAAAAUCUGUCAAGCUGGAGUACCUCUUCAAAAGUAACUGACAGUUCUCUGUAGAACCUUCCAGCACUGUAUUCAGAUGACAGGUUGAGAAAGCCUCCUUCUGUGUGAGGGCCAACUCCUUUAGUAAAAUUAACCUCUCAGAACUUUUCUUUAAUAUAAAAACAAACAGGAUGCAGUUGAAAAGUUGCAGGUUUCCCUUGGCAAAGCCUGGCUGAAUCCGUGUGUCAAUUCUUGGCCCUUGGACACCAUUCUUGAAUUCAGGAGGGAGGAACAAGAUGGGUUAGAGUUUAUUAGGAAGGAUACCUCACCUAAACAACGGAUGCCUUUUAUUUUUUUCUUUUUGUUUUUUCUUCUGCAAAAACUUGACCCAAAGUCAUUUCUAUUUUUUGUCUUGGUGUACAUACAUUGAGUUGAUAUUGAUGGCAACAUGGAGACUCCUCGAGGGCAGGGACUAUGGCCUUUGAAUUCAUGUUCUCAAAAUUCACUGAGCACCUUUUGUGUGCCAGGCACUUAGAGGCUAGUAUGAUUUGACAGUGCUGGAAAAAAAAAGACAGCUCCUGCCUUCUUGGAACUCAGCGUGUUUAUAUUUAAGAUCCUAGCUGUUGAGUUUGGGUAUGUGCAAGAGAGACACGCGGGCUUCUGGAUAGUUGGAUGUAUGGAAAGUAAAUUGUGCCCUGGCUUUUGGAAGAAAUGGCAACCUCUAUGAAAGGGGUAGUAAAGAAACACCACAAGACCAUGGUAGAAAAUCGUGGAGGCAGAAGGUCUCUCUGACCCCUGCUGGCGAGGGUUCAUUUUCACUGAUUGGAAUUCUUUUUAAUUGAUAGUAAAUAUCUUCUGGAAUCUCUCAAGCCACAUGGCACCCUGACUAGACGUAGCCAGAGAGAAUUGUGACAAGAAACACAGAAUUGAGAUAGGAAGGAAACAGCCCAUCCCUUCCGAGCUGCAGUUUUACAGUGAAAAGCAGUGUAGAGAGUUCUCCCUACAGGCAGAACCUUUUCUAACCAACCAGGUCCAGACUGAGGACAUUUAUUUUUUUCUUUUUACAGGCACACCUGCAGCAUAUGGAAGUUCCUAGCCAGCGGUCAAAUCGGAGCUGUGGCUGCUGGUCACAGCCACAGAAACACAGGGGAUCAUUCACCCACUGAGCAAGGCCAGGGAUCAAAUCUUCAUCCUCAUGGGUACUAAUCGGGUUCAUAACUCGCUGAGCCACAAUGGAACUCAUGGCACGUUCCCUGCAGUCUGUGCACUGACCCCAGUGCUUGGGAGAAAGUGCCCAAACAGGACUCUUUUGGGGGGGUCCGUAAAGUCAUGGCCAAAACCAUCAUGAACCCCCCACCAGAAAAGAAAUUCAGCAAUAAACCAAACCAAGCAGCUAAAUUGUCGAAUGUGGACCCAACUCACGCUGGGUGGGAGAACACAAGCCCUUACAGAUCAGUUCCUUCUGUCUUGUAAACGCCUGCACGUUCUCUCUUUUAAGUUGAGCUGCUCAACUUUAUGAACUGUGAAAUUUACAUUUAGACCCUUUCGACCCACAUACACCGUUCGAGUUUAUGAAGUUGCAGCAAGCUGCCCAUUUGACUAAAUGGCAAUGUUUAUUCUGGUCGCACAUCGAAAAAAACAGUCUUGGGGAAACAUUAUGACUGUCCAUUCCAACCAUUUUCAGACACAUGGAUAAACUCCCUCUGCUCACAUUCCAGAGCCACCUGCAUGUCAUCCACACAGCUCCUCGAGAAGUUCAGGGGUGGGUGUGGAUGAAUAGAGGGCCCUUCGUUUUCUAAACACUUUGUGUAACAAGUCACUGCUCAUCAUGCCUAAAGAGUAUGAGAUUAACGUUGUGAAUAACAAAAUGGAAAACAAGACAAUUCUCCAAAGACCCUUGUGAACGGUUCCAAGAAAAUUUCAGCUUCAGUCCAGCAGAAGAGGGAAAUCUGCUGUUGGACACACAAGACUUUCAGAAACGAUGACCAUCCCAUCAGUUCCCACUAUUUUUCUAGUAAUACAAUGGCACCGGGCUGCUAGGGCAACAAAGUAAUAUCCCCAGAGUGUAAAUGAUGGAAAGGAGGACUCUUAACAGUGUGGACUUCUCAUGGCUACUUGUCUGAUCACAUUGUUUAGUAUUCAAAACUUGGUGUUUUAAAACUGGUCUCAUUGUGAAAGCCAGAAACAAAGGGUAAAUGUGAUUUCUGUUAAAAGUAUAUACAAAUAUCUUCUGUCAUUUUGCUGCUCUAAUUUUUAGGCUAUGAGUUUUGUAACGAGCUUAUCAGAUGACGAAUUUCCUUUGUUUACAAUCUCAUGUAGGAGGGCUCAGAUCAUUUCCUAGCUAGAAACCUCUUCUCCCAUUUCCAUAUCCAGUUCCACUUAAAAUACUGGUUCAGCUAAGCCUAAAAAUUGAACUCAAUCAAAAAUUUCCUUGACUUAAAUGGAAAUGGUAUAUUCUUUUCAAAGAACUUUAUAACCAUCUUUACAGUUUCUUUGCUUGGAAAACUGGGGUUGUUAGCUACAUUAUUUGCAUUAUUUCCAGAGUAUUAUCUAUGGGCCCAAUGUGUACCUCAAAAUAAACAUGGUAUGUUAUGUCUAAAAAAAAAUUGUUGUUGAUUUAAAUGGUUCUGAAAUGUCUAUAAAUAAAGAAAUUUUAAAAGUU